GUAAAGUAAUGAAAUUUUCUAAAUUUAGCACAGGGAAUUCCUAAAAUGGCGCUGAAGUAUUAUUUUGAUCUUAUGUCACAGCCUUCAAGGGCUGUUUAUAUAUUUCUGAAAGCAAAUAACAUAAAAUUUGAAGCUAAACCUGUAGCACUACGAAAAGGUGAACACUUCAAGGAAGAAUUUACAAAAUUAAAUCCCUGGCAGAGAGUUCCAGUACUAGAUGAUAAUGGAUUUAUACUCACAGAAAGUGUUGCAAUCUUACGUUACCUGGCAUCAAAGUAUAAUCUACCGGAGCACUGGUAUCCAAAGAAUGACCUUCAGAAACAAGCAAGGAUUGAAGAGUAUCUGCAUUGGCAACACCUAAACACUCGGAUGCAGGCUGCUAUGGUCUUCCAACAAAAGUUGAUAAUGCCAGUAGCCAGACAGGGCAAGAUAGAUGAGGUCAAAGUGAACAGAUUUAAAGCAGAAUUACCGAAAAUCAUUGAACAUAUUGAUCAAUAUUUCCUGAAAGACGGUAAAUAUAUUGGUGGCAAUGACGAUGUUUCUGUCGCAGAUCUUCUCGGAGCCUGUGAACUUCUCCAACUGUAUCCUGUGUUUGAAGAGGACAUUUAUGAAACAAAUAAGAAAGUUAAGCAGUGGAUGGAGCGUGUUCGAGAACGACUCAACCCAUAUUUUGAUGAAGGUCAUGGUAUAACGUAUCGUACGCGAGAAACUUACAAAACACUUGGACCUAAAUUAGGUGCCAAGUUGUAAGAGAUAUGCUCAAAUGAGGUUUGUAUUUCAGCAUUUGAUACCAUAGUAAUUAUUAUGCCAUGCAAACUGUAAUUUUUUGUUUCCAAGAAGAUUUUAAUAUGAAUUACAAUUUUUCAAAAAAUAUUCAUUUAGUUAAUUUGAGAACAUCCAGAAAACUAUGACUUAAUAUUUAACAAGUCCUAUGGAUAAACAUGAAAAAUUUAUGCUGUCAAAUACUGACAUGUAUAAACAUGUAUAUUAUGCACCAGUAAAAAUAAUUUAAUAAUUAAUCCAAAUGGAAUCAGAAAGUUAUUUUUCCUUUUGAAAACAAACAAUUUCGUAUUGAUAUUUUCACAUUUUUAAUGCAGUCUUUUUUGGAAUAUGUUUUGUUAAAUGGAAGAGGAAUUGCAAACUUGUAGAAGUCAUUCUGCUAUACAUUCAGUGGCUUAUUUUCUAAAGAAAAAAGAUGCACAUAUUCUCAAAAAUUUCAUAUGUUGUAACAAGUUAUGCCCCUUUUUAUACUUCUUUUUUCAAUUAGAUAAACACAAUGUUAUUAGCCUACUUUGAUUGUUCAACAGUUGCUGCCAUGGUAGUCAGCCAGUGAAAACAGUCAGUUCUUGUUCUGCAUUGCUUAAGGCCCAAACAAGCAAAUACUGGUCUGACCGUGCCUUUGGGCAGUGUUGAAAAAGUAUAACACCCACACUUCUGUUGCUACAGGUGUCCAUCAGAUUAACAGUUCUUGUCUCAACCAAAAGAAGCCAUUUUGUUUGAACAGGGGUUGUUUGUUUAAAAUGAAUAAGGCAUAGAAUAUGUUCUCCAGUGCAAUAACAUGUCAGGAUUGUUGUAAAUACAGUUGAAACUCUGUAUCUAGAAUUCUGAGGGAUCUAACAUUUUACUUCAAGAUAACCAAAAUUCAACUUAAAAUGAUAUUUUAUGCAUGUUUUUAUGGGACAGGACUUGAAAAUAAUUCUCUUCAAGAUAGCCGGAUUUUUGUGAUAUCAAGUUUCAGUUAUAUCUUUCUACUUAAAUGGUGCUUUGAAAAAGAUGGUUCAGUGCAGUUAAUUGUGGUCAGCAUCAGAAAAAAAAAGAUGUGAACCAUAUUCUAUGUAAUUUUACUUUUAACUAUUAUAUAAAUAUUUAGUUAUUUAAAUUAUGCAAAAAAAACUAUGCUGGAUAUGAAUUUAUUGUGUGAGAAACUGUGAUUUGUUAUAUAUGUAUAUAUGAAAUAAAAUUUAAAAAUAA